AUGGCUACUCCGUCCAGUGUCCCUACACCUAGUAUCCUGUGGUCAAACAACAAUCCUCAAACCCAAUUGCAACGCUGGUGGAGCCCGCCGGGACGAUCAGAGAAUGCCUUCAACGUCGAGUAUGAUACUGUUGGAGGGGACGAGAGGAAAGACUGGGAUGGGCUGGAUUGGACAGCACAGGGCGGCGCAGCGACUGUGUUUCGUGUAAACCUAUCCCAGCAUGGGCAUGGACCUUCAACGAUUGAAGUAGCCAUGAAGAGAUUCAGCCCUCUCAACAACAGCAGAGAGCGGACAUUUAUGAAGCAAAAAGUGACAGAAGAGAUUGAAGCUGUCAAAAAGAUGCAUCACAUGCACAUCAUUGAGGUUGUCGGAAGUUUUGAAAAUCCCAAGCACAUUGGCUUUUUCAUGCUGCCCUGGGCAGAGGAGACGCUCGCAUCGUUCAUGUACAACAUUCCAACCGCGGGAAAUAACGUCAAGUUGGAAGAUGGCCGAGACUAUCGCACAGUGCAGUAUUUGGUAUCGACAAUGGGCUGUCUAGCCCAUGCACUAAAGUACGUCCAUGAGAAAGGCAUGAAACAUAAAGAUAUCAAACCGCAGAACAUUAUGAUCGACAAUGGCCGAGUACUUCUUGCGGACUUUGGUCUUUCAAAAGCUGUUGAGAAGGGUAACACAACGACGUACGGACCUACUGGGUUCAGCAAGAGAUAUGCACCAAAAGAAGUUCUGGAUCCACAAUCAGGCCGAACGGAAAAGCAAGAUAUAUUCUCCCUAGGAUGCUGUUUUAUCGAGAUUUUCGCGGUGUAUAAAGGCAAGGCUCCAGAGGAUGCUCUUGGGUAUGACAGAGAAGCUGAGGAUGCGGCCAAGAAAUACGCAGAUCAUGUUCCGCAGGUGCUGACCUGGAUGAAAGAGAAUCUCUUCACCGAAAGGUGUGAUGUACAACUUUGGAACCUUGUCAGCAGGAUGCUAGCGGACGAUCGCCAUCAAAGACCAUCAGCAGCGGAAGUCUGGGAAGAGACAGUGGUCAUGAGCUCGACACGCAGUGAGAAUAUCCAUUUUUGUGGCGCCUGCUGCAUGCCCGUCAAGUCUGACACAUCUCCGGUACCUAUUGGACUGCCGUCAGCUGUCGACUAUACAACUAAAUCUGGAGGACCUGCUUCGCGCAACAGCAAGCUUGCGCGAAAAGACGCAACAUUUUCUACAGUUUACGAAACAGACGAAGACGUUCCAUUUGCAUGGGGUCGUAAUCUCAGGAUCACAAAUCAGGCUGCACUAGACGCUGUUCAGCAAAGAGGGCAUCGUUCGUGGUUUUGCCGUAAGAUAGUCUUCCCCAAGGACGGAAGUAUGAAAGAAUAUCAUAGGGCAUUGGGAGCGGCUGCCGCAGAGGCCGAGAUUCUGAACCGCUUGCACACACCCGACGACCAUAACCACUUGGUGAGCUUAGCCGGGACAUACCGAAGAGGGCGGACCAGCGUGCUUCUGAUCAAACCAGUAGCGAACCUGGACCUGAAGACAUACCUCUCGUGGAUAGAAGAGCCUCAUGUGGCUUCGUAUCACUACGCAGACUCCGCAAAACUAUUACGACAAUCUUUCGGGUGCCUUGCCAACGCUGUGAAGCACAUUCACUCCAUAGGAAUAACGCAUGAUAACAUCCGUGCUCAAAAUGUCCUCGUGAUGACUAAAGACUCUCCUUCGGUAUGUCUUGCUGAAUUCGGAGCAGCAGCGAACAAAGAAACACCACCUCUGGCUACAUAUCAAGCAUCCAACAUGAGUGAAUCCGAGUAUAAAGAACAGAGUGAAUACGCGCCUCCAGAGGUACAGCAAACUUCCAAAGAGCUGGACAAAGCAAAGGAUGUCUUUUCUCUUGGUAUUGUCUUUCUAGAGAUAGAGACCGUCCGCAAGGGUUCAACCCGCCAACAGAUGCGCGAUUUCUUGGCAAAUACCAGUCCUGGAUAUACUGCAUACUUGAGAUUUGGGCAAGACGAUGUCAAGCACAGGCUUGGCGACUGGGUCCGUAUUCUGGUACAACAAAAGGGGACGUUACCACGGUUGGCAGAGCUGUUGGCCCAGAUGCUCGAUAUCGUCCCACAAAGUCGGCCGACUAUCGACAAAGUCUGGUUGGAGGCCGCAGGAAGGAAGACCAUCGGGAUAGCCGCGAUGGAAGGUCGCUGA